CGAACCGAUUCGAUUCUCGCCGCUAAUUUCAUUCUUACAUUUGCCUGCUUCGACGCACUCCUCCAGCAACACAAGGAUGGCUUCGCACCUCGAAGAUCCCAAGGAAGCCGAAUACAACGCCGUGGCGGUCACGCCCAAGGACGACGACGACGCCGCCAAGGUCUCCAAGCACGUUGAAGGCUGCUCGACGGCCUUCCUCUUCCUCCUCUGCUGCCCUAAGAUGGCCCUGAACGUCGCCUGGGCGGCGCAGUGGGCUGCCAUUGGCCCGCUUCUCAACAUCCUCAUCUCGUCGUCGUGGGUCCAGAUCGUCCAGCUUGUCGGUCCCAUCUCUGGUCUCCUCAUCGCUCCCUCCAUCGGUGUCCUCAGUGACAACUGCUCGUCCAAGUUUGGCCGCCGCCGCCCGUUCCUCUUCUGGGGUUCGCUCAUGUCGUGCCUCUGCUGGGUCGUCAUGAUGUUCUGCACGGACAUUGGUGAGGCCCUCGGCGACACCCCGGCGAAGGAGCUCGACACGCUCCCGGUUGACCAAGUCUCGCGCAAGUGGACGACCGUCUUUGUCAUCCUGACGUACAUCUGGAUGGACAUUACGCUCAACCUGACGCAGACGCCGCUCAACCUCCUCAUCGCCGAUUUUGCCGGUGACCGCCAGGUCACGGCCUCGUCGCUCGGUAACGCCUACUCGAUCGCCGGUUCGUUCGUCGUCUCGGGCUACAUCAUGGCUUUCGGCCCCGCGCACCAGACCGUCAAGCCGUUCAUGGGUCUCCUCAUCGCUGUCAUGGUCAUCACGUCGAGCUUGGUGCUUUGGUUCGUCAAGGAGAAGGUCUUCGUGCCGCUCAAGGAAGUCUCCAAGGCCGAAGAGAUCAAGAACGCGUUUGCGUCGGUCUGGACCGGUAUCCGCCUCCUUCCCAAGACGCUUGCCAUCUACUGCGUCAUCAUCGUCUUCGUCCAGUACGGCUUUACGGCCUACAACGGCGCCAAGGGCCAGUUCUUUGGCUUCGUCGUCAAGGGCGGUACCUCGGAGGGCGCUGACAAGUGCGGCCAGAACGGCAACCCCCCGUGCUCGCCCCAGCAGAACGCCUACAACGACGGUGUCCAGCUCGCCGGCGGCUCCACCGACACGAUCUACAACUGCGUCUCGCUUAUCUUCCUUGCGGUCCUCCCGUACCUUGUGCGCAAGUUUGGCGUCAAGAAGGUGCUCACGGUGGCCAUCAUCCCGCAAAUCUUCCUCAUCGCCCUCGCGUACUGCAAGGUCGUCGCUAUUGACAUGAUCAUUGUCAUCGCCACCGCCUUCACCCAGAACACGAUCCAGUCGCUCUUCAUGGCCUGCAUCAUCCACGUCAUUGGCAGCGAAGACAACUCGGGUCUUGGUCUCUUUGCCGGCGCGCUCAACUCGGCCUACUGCGCCGGUCAGUUCCUCAACUUUAUCUUCUCGUCGAUCCUCGUCCAGUCCUCGAUGGGCUACGCGCUUCCCGUGCUUGUCGGCGGUAUCCUCUCCACGAUCGGCUUCUUCGUCUCGCUCUUCUUCUUCAAGAUCGAACUCUACUCGACCUAAACCGCGUCGCGCUCUCCGCUGUUUUAUAAUCCCUCAAUACUAGUGUCGUUGUAGUUUUU